AUGAUGAAAAGUGGGUUGCCCUUAUUAUAUUGGUUGGCCUCAAAUCUCAAGGAUAAAGAGCCUCCAUUCCUUUCCACACCCACCACAAUUCCCUUCUCACUUCACAUGGAGGCCAGAAGUCAAAAGAUCGAAUGCACAAUGUGUGCCGCCUGUGACAACCCAUGCGACCAACAACCACCACCAUCACCGCCGCCGCCGCAACCAGUCUACCCUCCACCGCCUCCACCUCCCACCUCUACCGGCGGCGGCUACUACUACUCUCCACCACCUCCCACAUCCGGAACAGGUGGUGGUUACUACUAUUCUCCCCCACCACCAUCUCGGGGAGUUUACUACUACUACCCACCACCGGCGUCGUACAAGAACUACCCCACUUCAACACCACCGAACCCAAUUAUGAAUUACUACCCUUUAUAG